AUGAUGGGGAUAAAUGGGACCUUCCUUUUUGGGAAUAAAGAUGCAGAGUUCACGGAGGAGAAACUUUUGGUGCAGCUAGAAGAAGGUUACCAAAGGAGCAUCUCUCCGCUCAACCCAAGAUACAAGCGUGAAGGCAACGAGAUCGUUCGGCGUGACAACAACGUCAUCAAGGUUGACAUUUUUCUCGAGUUGAUUAGCAUUAACGAAAUCGACCUCGCUGGCUCGUUGAUGGAUGUCACUUUUGAAAUUCACUCUUCCUGGUUCGACAGUAGACUCGCAUGGUUUCCCGAAGAUUACGAUCUGAUCCAGAAAAUGUCACUCUGCAACGAAUGUUUUUGGAAACCAAAGCUUGAAAUAUCCAAUGUCGACAAGUGGAUCACUACAGGACGUACUAUGAAAAAGGGUCAAGAAUCGACGCGAUUUCACGUCUCCCACAUUGGCGAAGUGUUCUACUACGAAAAAGUACGAGCUCUUAUUAUGUGCGACAUGCAAUUGGGCUUGUAUCCAUUCGACUCGCAAGAAUGCUCGAUUGACAUCGCUACACCAGGAUUUAAAACCGAAGAGCUGAAAUUCUCAGCUUCUCGAUGGAUCAAGCGAAACGGAUAUCAGGGCGACGUCUCAAACAUGACAGGAUUGGAUUAUGAUGACACUCAAGAAGACGUUUUGUAUAAUGCCUUCUACCAGGAAAACGAAGAGUGGCAGUUCAAAGCCUACAAGUUUGAAAUUUCUGAAAAAGAAGGACCAGAUGGAAGCGUCUUUUCCACCUUUUCGACGACGUUUUCGCUGAAGCGAAAUAUUAUCUAUUAUCAAAUUACCUUGUUUUACCCACUUAUUUGCAUGAAUAUUCUAGUGUGCCUAGAUCAAGUCCUUCCGAAUGCCUCUAGGCUCACUAUAAUCCGCCAUCCUCUGGGACAAGUGGUUUCGCAUUUCCACUAUUUUUUCUCCGCCUGGUCAAAAUUUGGUGUCAAAGAAAGAAGCAUCGAAGACUUUCAGCGAGCACUUAUGAAAAUGGAAGGAAAUCAGAUUUUCCCUGGCUCUCCGUGGGAGACCUCCAAGAAUUUCGUAAGUCAAAAUACGUUCGAUCUGGGUCUGUCCAGAAUCGAUCCUCAAAAAGCGACAAUCGAAGAAGCAUCUCAAUGGGCGGUAGAAUACUACGACCUGAUUCUGCUGACUGAGCGUUUCGAUGAAUGCCUCAUUCUCCUCAAAGACAUGUGGCAUCUAAAACUAGAUGAUAUUCUGUCACUAAAAGCAAAGGACAACUCCGCGGCAAAGACCUUUGGUGUCGGUGAUUUACCACAAAACCUGACGAAAUUUAUUCUGGAGAAAAAUCAUCUGGAUGUUGUUCUUUAUGAAGCGGCAAGUGCUGAACUAGACAUGAAAAUUGAACUCUUCGGGAAAGAAAAAAUGGCUACGGAAGUCAAAGAACUUAAAAUUGCUCGGGCAGAACUUGAACACCUCUGCGACAAUUCUGACUUAUCGAAAGUAGAUGCACGGUGCGAGCUUCUGAGAAGAGAAGGCUCCCGCUUUACGAAUUAUCUCAAGGAAAUGAAAAGGAAAAAUUGA